CUCGCCUCAGUAAUAUUCCACAUCCAGCUAUUGAUCGAAGCACUCCUGUUUUUUUCCCAACUGUCUUUGGUUUUCUUACAUUAAAAAUGAGGCUAGUACCGUUUGGAUUAAUAGUACUUUGUGUCGUGAUAUUUGCAGCAAUGGGAAAGGGACAGAUAAUAAAAUAUUUACCUUAUUAUAAUGGACCUAGUGAAGUGGAACCGAGACAAUUAAGGCCUACAAAAACUGUAACGACGACAAUGAUAACAACAUUAACUUAUUUUUCGACCUGCACUAUCUUAACCACUGCAUGUCCACAAUCAACUACUACCACUCAAGAACCUACUACAACCACUACCCAGACACCUAUUACAAUCACACCAACUACAACAACUCCUAACACAACUACACAUACACCUCCAAUUCCUACAACUACAGAAUCGACGAACACAACAACCCAGAAACCUACGAAUCCCACUACUACAGAGUCUCCAAUCACUACAACUACACAGACUACACCGAUCACAACAACCCAGGAACCUCCGAUCACCACCACCAGUACAGAGUCUCCGAUCACAACAACACAAGAACCACCAAAUACGACCACCACAGAAGUUCCAACAACAACCAAUGAACCUCCGACCACGACAACUACAGAGUCUCCAAUCACAACCACUCUAGAACCUCCGAUCACAACUACAGAGUCUCCGAUCACAACAACCCAAGAUCCACCGAUCACGACAACUACAGAGUCCUCGAUCACAACAACCCAAGAACCGAUCACAACUACAGAGUCUCCAAUCACAACAACCCAAGAACCACCGAUCACGACAACUACAGAGGUUCCAAUCACAACAACUCAAGAACUUCCGAUCACGACAACUACAGAGUCUGCGAUCACAACAACCCAAGAUCCACCGAUCACCACCACUCCAGAAUCUCCUAUCACGACGACAGACCUUAUUACUACUACAGAUCCGACUACGGAUUCCACUAUCGGUGGUGAAGAUUCAGGUUCAAGGGCUAUUGAACAUAGGCAAGCACCAGUGCGAGAAGCGCGUGCUGCUGAUCCACAAUGGCUAGUGAAUUCUCCACUCGGUUAUUACUAUCACCCCGAAGAGAUCCAGCCCGGUUUUGAAAUCGAACGUGGUGUUGACACGCCUUACUACAGUUCAUUCGUCAAACCUGCCGCCGACAUCCAGCCACGCAUUUUCUUCGGCCUAGUGUCGAUAUUAAUAUCACGAUUUGCUACGGUGACGAACACAGUAACAGUUAGUUCGUAUGCUGUUACUGUUUUCACUUACACGUCGACGCCAGAUUGUAGUACUCCUGGCUUUUUACAACAAUGUGCGGCACUAAAAUCCACGUCGGUGUACGAUGCAUUCUAGAUCAAAUCAAUGUAUUAAAGAAUCUACGUCGAUUAUUUAUUUAAAAUAUAUUUUGUUCCGAAGGUUGUCGUAUCAACACUCCAGUGCAUCAUAAUUUAAUAUAUUCCCACAGAAUCAUUAUUGUCGCAAGUAUUUUUUUUAUUUUGCUGGGUCAAAAAUGCAAAAACGUAAAUACGCAAUACAUGUUCGUGGAAACGCG